GUGCGGGCGUGGCGUGGGCGGGCGGGUGUGGAGGCAGAAUGAGCCCCGAAGAGAGCCGCAAGGAGCGGGAGGCGCGGUCCGUGGCCCUGGAACGAGCGUACGUUCACGACGUGUACGACCAGAUCUCGGCCCACUUUUCCAGCUCCCGCUACCGUGCCUGGCCCCGCGUCAGGCAGUUCCUCACUGACCUCGAGCCUGGCUCCUUCGUCGCCGACGUAGGUUGUGGUAACGGCAAAUACCUGCACAUCAAUCAGCAGGUGAUCAAGGUGGGCGUUGACCGAUGCUUCAACCUCACCGGCGCCGCCAGGGAGCGAGACCAUGAGGUGAUGGUGAGUGACAACUUAGCACUACCUUUCCGAGACGAAUCCUUCGACGCCGCUCUCAGCAUCGCCGUCAUCCACCACUUCGCCACCACCGAGAGACGUGUGCGGGCCCUCAGGGAACUGGCCAGAAUCCUCAAGAUAGGAGGACGUCUCAUGAUCAGUGUUUGGGCUAUGGAGCAACGACAUAGGAAGUUCGAAUCUCAGGACGUGCUUGUACCAUGGCACCGGCCCGAGCAGUCCUCCAGUGAUGACAAGGCCUCCAGCAUCGAGCGUGACCUCAACUCCACCACCACGGAUGAUGAUGACCUCCUACACUACCACGCACACAACCACAGCGAUAGUGACUCCUGCCCCUCCAAUAGGUAUGGGAGCCGUAGAAAUGGCCGGCGACGCACGAGGUCCCGCGCCAUAGACCCCGUGGGUGCGGCCUCCUCGUCGCAGAGUUCCUCUGACCUCAGUAGCCCCAACGAGUCCUGCUACAGCUUCGUGCGACGGGCCCUACAGGUAGCCUCCGACAAUAGCCAGCAGAAGCUGACCAGCAGUCGUCGCGGGUCGUCUGCGUCAGGCAGGUCUUGGUUCAUGCAUGGUGGAAGCCUCACGGCAUUUAGAUCUGACAGCCACUCCCUUAGCAUGGAGGUUGGAGGAGCCUCAGAGCCUCGGCCCUCCUUCAGCGAGGGCCAACGCCAUUCAGUCAGCAACGAUGGUUCCCUGGACUCGCAGGAGAACCUGGACGAUGUGCCUAUUGAGCUGCGACAUCUGGAGCCUGAUGAUCCGGCGCUCCUCGACAUUCCUCUCUCCCCCGCACCUCCCCUGCACACCACCUCCGCCUCUGUCGCUGGGGACCAUGACAGUAAGGCCAAGUCUAAGAGCCUGACGGACCUAGUGCAAGCGUCGCCGCGAUCACCGGGGAAUCCCCUAGGACCUCCGGGGACAUUCUUGGCAAGGAAAAAAUCCAUCAGUCGGGAAGCACUGGACACCAAGAGAAUUAGUGAAGUGCCGAGCAGUGUGUUGCGCUCAAAAUCUAGCUCCUCUUGUCUCUCUCUCUCUAGUCAUGAAAUCUCGAUUGAAAGUUCAAAAGUAGUGCCGGUGGUGAAGGGGUCUGGUGAACAGCGGGGUGAUAGUGAGGACAUAAAGAAAGACACUGUGGUGGAGGAGCAGUGUGGUGAGGAGGGGGGCAGUCCACAGGUGAGUAGGAAAAGACCUAUCCUUAAAAAACAAAAAGCCUCUAUUAAUGAAAGUGACGUAAGUGAUGUAGAAACACCUAUAGUUAUAGAAAUAAGUAAAGCUCCAAAAGCCUCGGAAAGUGUCGCUGUGCCUGUUGCAACGGAUGAUAAGGACCAUUUAAGUAUCCCAAAAGGACUAGGUAUCAUAAAACAAAGUUCACUCAAUGAUGAAUUUAUAUGUAUAGAUAGAUUUUUAGAGAAAGAAAAACUAAAACAGAGUAUUCAGAAACAAAGUUCACUCAACGAAGACUUGAUAUAUGGGAAUAAAGAGGAGAAGCAAGAGACACUGAGAGAGUCAUUAUUUACGGUUCAGUUUAAAAGACUUCAGAAUAUACGUGAAAGCUUUCAGAGACUACGAACUGCAAGUCUUGAUCGGUUUGAGAGAGAAAAGUCUGAUUCCUCCCUAAAGAAAGGUAUUGUUAAGCUCUUACAGUCCUGGAAGAGUGAGAUCCUGGUAACUAAGGAGUCCAGACCGACCUCUGGUGAGGAGUCUGACCAGGAGGAUGACCUCCACCAGGAGUCUGGGGACGUGGACCAUCAGUUAGACGAGAAACACAACGAGACCAGACCUAGAGCUCAAAGUAUAAACCAGUUGGGGAGGUCCAGUGAUGGCAACGAUACUCUGGCUGAUAAGGCAAGGACGUGUGUGAUGGAGAAAAAGUUCUUAGGCAGAGAACCGAGUGAUAGAAAAUCUUCCCGCGAGGAAAGUUCCGACAGUUCGAAAGAAAACAGUUUUCAGAGCGACACUAGUCUUGACUCUGAAGACAGCUGUGUGUCUGUGAUAUUUGUUCCCAAGCCAGGUCAGGCUGGUAUUAAUGGUACUGACAAGGAACGGAACCGAUCUGUUUCCUCAGAGUCUUCAGAAGGCUCUGAUAAACAACAUUCCCCAAAGUCACCCAAGUCGCCUAAAUCACCUAAAUCUCCAGGUCCCGGUGGCCGAUACUUUGCUCCAUCGCGCUACUUGGGAGCUAAAGGAGGGGUUAAGACAGGGCCGAAGAUGGGCACCCAAGUUCUGGGAGGGCCGUCGAGACCUGACCAACAACAGCGUAUCAGUCCUCCUUCAGAUGCCCCGCAGGAUAUUCCAGUCUCAGUCCCUAGUCCUUUACCAAUUCCUGAAAUAACAAAAAGUGAGUCUACCAUUAGUCGUGAAGUGCCAACUAUCCGUACGGUAGCCACAACAACGCCGAGACCCCUAACUGGGCGCGGUGGAAGCCUCGGGCGUGUUAUAAGCCAUAGUGGGACAACACCUCCUGGCACACCACCACCAACCAUGUCUUCACCCGGAGGUUCCUAUUUCUCUCAUAUAACGGUUCCCAAAGCUGUGCCUACGGAAUCACCGCCUCUGGUUAGGAAAUCUACCAGUGAGGUGCCCCCUGAUCCAAAGAAAUCCCCAACUUCCACUAAGCCAACUACCUCUGUAAAGGCUCCUACCUCGACACAACCCUCCCAGCAAACCUCUUCACAGCUGAGUAAAUACAUACCUAAAUACGAACCACAAGUAGUGAAGCGAGAUACCAGCUUCACCCAACAGCUCUCGUCACUUCUUCUGGGUGAAAACGUGGAAAUAAUUCGAAAGACUGGAAGCAGUGGCAGCCGGAAUGUGCAAAUUGUACGCAAGACUGUGCCUCGUUUCUUGACCUUUGAUGUCUUUAACCCUGAGACUGACGACCUAGACAGUGACUCCUCAGCCAGCUCCUCCCCCAACUCAGGGAGCUCUGUGAUUGAACGUGGCUGGCCCACUGAGAGAGACAUCGAAGAACUAGACCGUGAGAUUAAACGUCGAGAAGAGGAAGAACGUCGUCGUCCUGUGCCUUCCUCAGGGGCGGCUGCUACCGAAAGGGUCAUACCGCCAGCUCCUGAGAUGCCCAAAUUAUCCUUAGUCGAAGACGUUCACCGUAUGGACACAAUAAGUGAAGAUGCCGGCGAACAUUCAGGAACUGAGUUAAACGGAGCAAAAACAGACAAGAAGAGGGGGUGUAGAGUACCACCCUCGCCUCUAGUGGUUAAGUCCCAGCCGCUCCCUAAGACGCCCUCCAGGUCCACCUCCCUCACUAGAUCAUAUAUCGAGCCGGCAUCCAUAGGAAUCGCAAGAAGAGAGCUGGAGUCCAUGAGACAGCGGUCAGCCAGCGUGGCCGGCACAGGUGCUGUUAACGUGGACAAGAAGCUGGAGGAUGGAUCAAAAGUGUCCACUUCAUCGCCGUCCUUAAUGGCAAUAACCAGCAGUAGUACGUCGUCGCUUGAUUCUGCCAUAGAACCAGUCCUGAAGAGAAGCCCCAAAGCCAGACGUAAACUCACCAUAGGUCACCUAGAUCAGCCAUUGCCUUUACAACACACAGUAGAACAUAAGCCAGAGACAAAGAAGCCCUCCAGAAGUCCCGACUCAUUCUUAGAGAGACAGAGUUUCAGAAGUCGGGUCCCUGAACGCCACCAACAAAGCAAGGCUCUCUCACCCCUGGGGCCAGACACCGUCGGGAGAAGCGAGAUGAAGCCAUGGGCCGAGGUAGCCAUCAAGCCUAUAACCGAAACAGUGAAUCUUCCACCACACACUGCCUGGAGAGGAAAAUUUUCCCCAGAAAGUAUUUUGAAGGGAAUCUCAGAAUUUGAUAAAUCCUCAGGACAGAAGAAGAGCCAGGAGGCAAAGAAGGGUGCGUUGGAGUUGCCCUUUAGUUCUCCUUGUAAGUCUUCCCUCUCCCCCAGCAGUAGUGUGUCCUCAACGUCUUCUUCAAUACCCCGAGAUUUGGGAAAGGAGGAUCCAAUGUCAAGGAGUCCUCUUCUUAGUUCCCCAACGCUGUCGACCAGCAGCGGUGAGUCUCGAUCUGGCUCACAUGCAGCCAUGUCCUUCUUUCGAGAAAAUCCAUUUUCGUUUGAUAUGUUCAGAAUGAAUCGCAGCGAAAGCAGUUUACCAUUGUUGAGUCCAGAAGAAUCACAACCUAACCAUGGCACUUUUAAAGAACCAGCAAAACCAGUUGUACUCAAAGAACCUAAACGAAAUAGCAGAGUUAGAUUAGAUAUAGAUGAGAUAACAAAGGAAGCCAAGCAACGCAGCGCUCCCAUAUCAAGUAAGAGUCCCACCAAAGAGAGUGACAACAAGGACGACGGACCCAUUAAACCAAGAAAACCCCAUGGUAGUUCCUUAAAGGUUAGGAUAGAGGAUAACAAGCAAAAGGAUAGUGGGACUGGUAAAAAAAGCACGUGUCGCUUAUGUGCACGAGAAAAUGACAAGCGACAGAAGAAAAAGAAGCAGGAGCAGCUGGCUAGUGUACUCGGGUCUAAGGAACAGCAGUUAGGCAUCUCCACUAAAAAACGAUCUACGUCUCAGGGAAAGGCAGAUGGCUGUCGAAGAGGGGAACUUAAAUCACAGGGUUCUCUUGACUCGGCGAGAGAAAAAGAGUCUGCAGCGUCAAAGUCCUCGCCACCUUUGGUUCGCAGCGGCUCCUUGGACUUGGAGAAGGCAGAACGAAAUCAGAAGGAGGGUGGUUUGAGUCGUGACGCAUCUUUGUCCACAUCACAGGACUCCCUUCAGAGCGACAUGGGCGGGGCACCAACACUACACCGCUAUUACCAUGUGUUCCGUGAGGGAGAACUGGACCAACUCAUUGAAAAAUACGUGCACAACCUCCACAUUAUCUCCUCGUACUACGACCACGCUAACUGGUGCGUUAUUGCGGAAAAAGUACAGGUGUGGACUAUAUGAAGGAAGACUGUGUCCAGGUAUUAUGUUAAAUCAACAGAAGGUGAAAUUCGUCUUCGCUGAUAAGUGGGCUUUGUGUUGACAGGACAUGAAGCAAACUUAUAGCCAAAACUUUUAUUAGACUAAGGGAGGGUAAGUGUUGCACAUUAACUGUCUAUCAGGAAGUGUAUCACGGUGAUAAGAAAAGCCUUUGUGUUGAAGUAACAAAGGUCGUGUUCUUUUUUCUAACAUAAGUUCCAUGGCUGGUAUCUCUCCUCACAUAAAGUGGUGUUGUCAUCUGGGUUUGGCUACACAGGAAAUGGACACACCUAGUCCUCUACUCACAUGAACCAAGUUUUUUGUCUGAUUUGAUUAUAAAUGGUACACACACACAUAUCCACAGAUUCUAUUGUUCAUCGGUGUGUUAUUCAAUGUUUACGGCGGAUUGUCACUUAUCUGAAUUUGUCCUGGAACAAUGAAUAAAUAUUUAUGGUGGAUUAACAAACAUAUCUUAUAACAGUAAAAUCAAGAAUGAAUAUAUUUAUAGAUAUAUAUAUUUAUCAAAUUGGUCGUUUUGUAGAAGGAAGUGACGAUAUCCAGUGACCCCCCUCCCCAAGUUCGAGUUGUUGAUGCUGUCUCCUGUCCAGUGUAGACAAGGUGCUACCGUGUGGUCAUCUCGUGAGCUGAAGCGGGUUGGCUACUUCAGGCUUACACUAAACUCUUAGCAACAGUUCAGACUCAUCCAUUAUAAAACAGAAUAAUUAUGUGCAUGAGAGAACAUUCAUAGUCUCCAUAAAGGCUUACUGGUGAUAAGAGUCUGAGUGAAUGUUUUUGUUAAGAGUAUGGAAGUCUUUCUGUAUGUGUGUGACUGUGUGACUGUCUGUGAGGGUACUUGUGUGUAUGUAUGACUUUUAUGUACAUCUUGGCAUGUUGGGUCAAUAGAGAUGGAUUUCUCGCUGACUUGGGAAAAAAAAAAUUGAAUUGGUAUUAUUUUCGUUUGUCCAAGAAUUUAUUAAAUUAUUACUGUAAUUUGUCUCUUUUUUAACUGUACGUAAAAAAAGGAUGUUGAAUUCUGCAUUCGUUCAUGUAUUAAUGGACACCAAAAAAAAAAAUGAUGAUAUUUGACAUUGAGAGGUUGGUAAUUGUCAUGUCUCUCUUUUCGUCUUAUUUUAAAGCUUUUGGUGUGUGAGGGAAAUAUAGUGUGGUAAGUAAUAAGGUCUCCAGUUAGACUUAAGACAGACUCUCCUGCCUGGUACUGUAGGUUCCGAACAUUUUAUAUAUUAUCUGUAUUGUUCACAACAUUCUCGCCAAAAACAGAGUGUUGGAGGGUGCAAUGAAAUGAGGGGAACACAGUAAGCAAGUUAAAACUCCUAUUACUUUCUAGUUUCUCCAGUAAUUUAACAGAAUGGAUUUGCAGUUUAAAAAUAACUAUGUUCUCCAUGGAAUUGAUUUGAAAUAGUAAAUGAAAUAGAAUUUUUUUUAUUUUUUUUCAACUUUGAGGUACUUUUGGUCUCAUUUGAUGCUUAUAUUUUUCCUUGGACAGUAGAUUCUUACUUCAAAUUUCUGUCAUAAGAUCAAAGCUCACACCCACUGCCUCCUUGCGGGUUAAGAACCACAUUAUGGCUGUUGCAGGAAUAUUGAAUCAAUCUUCUAAAAAAAAAAAACUAUUGGCUGUCUUUUGUCUUCAGUCAACUCAGUUAAAUAAACAUUUCUUUCUCUCCAAACUUCUAACUAAACAAGCAGAUGAUUGCCAAAUAAUGUUGCCAAAGAGAUUAUUUCUUAUUUGAAAUAUAUAUAUUUUUUCCCCAUAAAAGCCCUAAGAAAAGUAUGUAAUGUACACUUUAAAUCGGUGAACACAAUGUGAAUGCUUACUUUAAUAUGUGUAAGGACUUCUGUUGGGAUGUACUCUACCACAAACUCGUGAAGAUGAUGUAACGCCUCACUAUUUGUCAUGGUUUGUGGUAAGAUGUUUUAUAUGAAGAUAGGAUUUUUACGGUCAUGUUUUGCAUGAAUGUUUGUUUAAUAAAUUUAUGACAAGUCUCAAGUAUGUUGAUUCUUGGUACGGGUCUUGUGAGGUUUUGUACUGUGAGGGCGAGAGUCGAGCCUAGAGGUAUCUUAGCAUCUACAACAGAGCUCAUGUAGUCCGUCAUACUGUAGAUCAGGAAAACAACAUGUAGAAUGGUGAUACAUCGAUUGAUUUUACAGUAUUUAAAAAAAAAUUCUUCCACCGAGAAUAUUUGAUAAAUAUAUAACCAUAGUGCUUCAGGGUACAUUUGAGAUUGAUUAAAGUAAUUUUGAAAUUUAAAAAAAAAAAACUGACAUUUAUAUAUCAACAGCAAAAUGACAUUACAGAGUUUAUUGAUGCCACCAGUACUAAACAUAGAGACGCUACAUGGCUCAGUGUGAUGGCUCUGACCGGGUCGUGAGAUAAAACAUUGCCAUUUACUGCUGGUGAUAUUUAAAAGUCAGAUCCUUGCAUUUUAACCUGACACGGUAAACACUUGCUAUCAUAGAGCAAAUAUUUAUAACUUAGAAGGAUGUCACAAUGAUCACGGGUUACGUUAGGUUUAUAUGACAUAAUUAUCAGUGAUGUUUUAUGUUUUAAGGUCUAUUAUGGUUAAUGUUAACUACAGGGUCCGUCACUCAAACAUAAUAUCCUAGGUCAUAAUUGAUGUCACAAGGUUAUAUUGCUGAUUAAAUUCAUAAGAGUGAUGUCACAUGGUCCAUUACGCACGGCUGAUGUCACAAGGUUACAGAUGGUGUUUGUGUCAGGUUCGAUGUUGUAUUUUUUUAGGGUUAAAGGGGAAAGGGAUAGUCUAUAAGCACGUCAUGAUCUCUAUAGUUAAGUGAACAAGUGUGGUUAUCGUGUUGUGUGUACUGUGAGCUGUAGGGCAUCUCCACCUGUGUCUUGUGUGGGGGGGGGGUUAAGGGUAAGGGAGGGUAAUGUGUAAAGGGGAGAUGGUCUAUAGGGAUUGAGGAGUGACGUUUAAGGGGUGUUUGGGGAAGGGGGAGGUAGUACUAAUCGUCACAAGGAGUGUUUUUGAAGGGGUUAGGGGGUGAUUCACAGGUGGGGGUGACAGGAUGGUUUACAUUAAUAGUUAAAGGUAUAAACGUAUAAUGUAGUGAGGUAUGAUAGGGAAGAGAUAAGGGAAAUGAAAGAUUCAGUAAGAAGAGUGAGGAACGAUGGGUUAGUUCCACAAUGAUAGAUACGUAAUAAUUCAAACUGUGAAAGACCUUUACUUAACCUGUCAAUUAUUUAUUUAUUAUUAUUUUUUCCAUCUGGACGCGAUAUAUCACCAUAGAUACAUGUUACUUAGUGAGAUUCACACGGGUGGGGGAGCCCGACUCUCACGUCCAGUCUCCCCACGAACGAUCCACAGACUACACCACACCACUACUUCCUUCAUUACUUUAUCAUAAUUCAAGUUUACGGUUCUCGUAAUAAUAAUCUUUUAGAUCACUUCUAUCUAAUAACUUCUCCGAUUUAUACUAAAUUGUGGAAUGAGUUUUCUUUUCAUGUAAAUUCAUAGUUUCAAGCGAAUUCUAUGACACACUGGCUAAAUAAAAGCGCGACCAAUCCGAGGAUGUUUUAAAGUCGUUCACGUGAUGUAACCAUUUUAUACUAUGUGCUUUUGUUCAAGUAAUGGUCAUGGAAUUCGCUUUGACCUCUUACUCUCCUACCUGAUAUCUAGACCUACCUUAUCUUUAUAUAAACUCAUUCUCUGUAAUACAUAGAUAACUAUCAUCAUGACAAGAAGGUAAUAAUGUUUCCAGCAAAACUCUGUAUAUUAGAAGUACGAGCCCCACACCAGUGACUACCUUAGAGGUGGUAAUUAAUGUGUCUUGGAUAUCACAUACACAUUACCCCAGUAUGUAAAUAUUAACCUUGCUGUUGAUCCCACCAGCGCACUCUUCUGCCAUUCUCAGACGGUCGCGCCCAGAAGCUCACACCCACCUUCUGCUGUAAGGAAGAUACUCCUGUAUAUUAGUAAUGGAAGACCAUCCUGAUAGUGGAUGUGGGAUGAACCUCUGGCGCGACGCACGGGACUGUAACACGAGACGCCCCGCGAUAAUGGCGGCGUCUCUUUGUUAAUUGUACAAACUGUAAUAUAAAUUAUGAAUUAUU